AUGGAAACUGGUCAUCCAAAUUCUCAUAAACGAAAACAGGAACAAGACCGUUUAAAGUUAGCACGACUUGCUAAACAGUUCAAAAUCGAUGGUAUAAUUUACAACGUUGGAAAAAAUCUUAAAUUAGGUGUUUUUGAAUCAGCAAAUAUUUUCAAGGAAGGGGAUGUUGAGUGGCCUAUUAUCAAUAUUUUCUAUCAAUGUCGCAGUCAAAAGCAUCCAAACUGUCCAAUAUUAUCAGACAUGGUUGGAGAAGCUUUAUUUCAAGAACCUGAUUUGUUAUUAAAAUCAGAUGGUUAUGUUGAUUUAAGAUUUGAUACGUGGUCUGACUCUGAUGACUUUCAAAAGGUUAUAGACCAAAUAUUGUCCUAUAUUCGUUGGUGUCAAAUUGAAGUAGAUAAUUUUAAUAAACAACAGAAAUUUCCAACAAGAAUAUCACCAACGCUCAUUGCUUUUCAACAAGAUGCAAAAAUUGCAAGUUGGAUCGAUGAGUUUGAUCUUGAUACAUCCAAAGAAUUUUAUGAUACCCAUAUGAUUUCAACUUGGUUGUUAGAGAUAGCAGAAACGAAAGCUUUUAUCAAAAGCACAUUUUCACAGCAUAAAUAUGUUGUAAUCAAAAAGUUAAUUGGUGGUUAUAACCCUUUUGAUUGGAAUAAUAAUUCAUUACCAUAUAUAAAUCCUAAAACAUCACUUGGUAAAGGUGAUUUAUUUCUAAAAAAGUCGAUUUGGAAUUGGACAAUUUUAUGGAUAUGUAGACAAACUAAUUUUGAAAAAAAAAGUAUUAAAUCUAGUACAGAACAAUUAUGA